AUGUCUCCCAAAUGGGAAAACAUCACCUUCGGAGCUGAACUCGAGUUCAUGACUCCCGUUCCCCAACACUACCUCUCAUCAACAGCAUCCCCCGCAGCAGCAGCACGCUACCACAUAGCUAAGAUCUUCGGAGAACGCACCUCCCUGCCCACCGCCGUAGAUUGCAGCCAUGCCAACGACGAACACUGUACCGUGUGCUUUGAACUCCCUAAGAACAAGGUCAUCAAAGGUACAGGUUACAUUAACCCCGGUCUUUUGACCGAGUGUUUCCUAUUCAAGCAGGAACAUCUCUUUCUUAGAAACAGGAUUAACCAGGAGCGGCUUUGGCCUGGUGUUGAGAUGUGUACCCCUGUUUUCAAGGUGGGUGAGUUGGAUUCUGGUCUUCUGACUAUGAAGACUGCCUUCAAGACUUUGAGGAACUUAGGUAUUGACAUUUCCGCAGAUCAGUCUUGUGGACUUCACGUCCAUAUCGGUGUUACCUACGGUAUGGAUCUCCAGUUUGCGAAAAAGGUAUCUACCCUUGUCGUUCUGCUCGAGAAUUCUCUCCUUCUUCCCCUUGUCCCGCGCUAUCGAGCUGCAGGUACUUAUGCCCAACCCGUCUCAAAGGAAUCCGCAGCUGCUUAUCUCGACGGCAUUCCAAGCGCAGCAUUCGGAGCUUUCGAGAAGCAUGUCCCUGAAGAGUCAACUUUUCUCCCCGGUACUUGGAACCGUGAUGAUCCUCAUAGUUUCUUCAAGAUGCUUCAGAUCAUCUGGUCCGCCACAGACCUCAAGACACUCUCCCGCAGUCUUCGUAUUCGGAAAAUAACCCGCUGCGGCUUUGCCAUUUGCCUCCGCAAACACAACGGCGACCGACCAAGCUAUUUCGACAAUGACUUUGAAGGUACACCCUCUACUUUCGAGUUCCGGUACUCUCAGAUGACAUUCGACCACGUAACUCUCCGUAAUUGGGUCGAGGUAGUCGCCCGGAUUGUAUCCCUUACACAAGCAGACGAAGGUGAGUACAAAUCCCUCGCAGAGAUGAUUGUCCGCGUAAACCAUGACGCUGAGGAUGAUGCUUGGAAAGUUUUGCUGCAAAAGAUCGGUUUGGGAGAGAGGAUCCCGGAGUGGGAGGCACAACGGGCGAUGUUUGCUCGCGGAGUGACUAUUGCUCAUUUAGAUGACGAGUUACUUUUGAAAGCGGAUGUAUGA